CGGAGGAAGUUGAUAAGUCUCUUAGGAAGCCAUAUUGAAGACAUAUGACGAUAUGUUACCUGUCCAUGAUAAAUGAAAACCGGCUGGAAAUUAUAAUUGUUUGAAUCGCUAUUCAGCAUAUGCAGACACACAAGGGAAGACAUCGUUAGAUUUUGUCUAAGUGGAACGAAAUACGCCCAGCUGUCCAGAUGAUGCGAUCACUGACAACGCCGACUCCAAAGCGGCUUCGGGAUCUAAUACGAGAAAUAAGGUCAGCUAGAACAGCUGCCGAUGAGCGCGGAGUCGUGCAGAAAGAAUGUGCAGCAAUACGGGAAUCCUUUCGGGAUCAAGAUAACACAUACAGAUGUCGCAACCUAGCCAAGCUUCUUUAUAUCCACAUGUUGGGUUACCCUGCUCAUUUUGGCCAGCUGGAAUGUUUGAAACUGAUUGCCUCCCCGAAGUUUACAGACAAAAGGAUUGGCUAUCUUGGUGCCAUGUUGUUGUUGGAUGAGCGACAGGAUGUGCAUCUAUUGGUCACUAACUCACUGAAGAAUGACCUUAGCCAUCAAACCCAGUAUAUUCAGAGCCUUGCCCUGUGUACACUUGGUUCCAUCUGUUCCACAGAGAUGAGCCGUGACUUGGCAGGGGAGAUCGAAAAGAUGAUAAAAUCAUCCAACGCUUAUGUGAAGAAAAAGGCAAUACUGAGUGCAUUUUGCAUUAUAAGGAAAGUUCCAGAUCUCAUGGAGAUGUUCAUCCCUGCUACCAGGACAUUAUUGAAUGAGAAAAACCAUGGAGUUCUUCUCACAUCUGUGUGUCUGAUCACAGAGAUGUGUGAGCGUAGCCCAGACACUCUGCACCACUUCCGGAAGGUUAGGACUGUACCACAGCUGGUGCGCAUUCUGAAGAACCUGAUCAUGGCAGGGUACUCACCUGAACACGACGUUUCUGGUGUCAGCGAUCCCUUCCUACAGGCCAAGAUUUUGAGACUCCUGCGAAUACUUGGAAAGAAUGACACAGAAGCAAGUGAAACAAUGAACGACAUCCUUGCCCAGGUUGCCACAAACACAGACACCAGUAAGAAUGUUGGGCAUGCUAUCCUGUAUGAGAUUGUCCUUACCAUCAUGGGUAUACAGUCUGAAGCUGGUCUAAGGGUACUAGCCGUAAACAUUUUGGGCAGAUUCUUAUUGAACAAUGAUAAAAAUAUCAGAUACGUAGCCUUGAACACAUUAUUACGAGUGGUACAAGCUGACUAUAAUGCCGUACAGAGACACAGAACAACAAUAGUGGAUUGUCUCAAAGACCCUGACAUUUCAAUUAGGAAGCGUGCCAUGGAACUGUCUUUUGCAUUAGUGAAUACUGGAAAUGUGCGUGGCAUGAUGAAAGAGCUUCUACACUUUUUAGAAACAUGUGACCCAGAGUUCAAGGCCGAUGUUAGCUCUAACAUAAUCUUAGUCGCUGAAAAACACUCUCCAAACAAGCGUUGGCAUAUAGACACGAUCGUAAAGGUUCUAACCACGGCUGGAAACUAUGUACAAGAUGACAUGGUGUCAUUAUUGAUCCAACUAAUAGCGGAGACAACCUCCUUGCAUGGCUACACGGUGAAGACCAUGUUCGAACAGCUCCAGUGUGACAUCACACAACAGCCCCUCACACAAGUGGCUACUUGGUGUAUAGGGGAGUACGGGGAACAGUUGCUGUUGGACCAACCUGACGAGGAGGAACCCAUGCAGUUCACUGAAGAGGAGGUGGUGAUAGUGUUAGAGAAGGUCCUUACCAACAACAACUCUACAGAGGUCACCAAGGAGUACUGUAUCACAGCAAUCAUGAAGCUUAGCUCCAGAUUUAGAACGUCAAUGGGACGAAUCAAGAAGUUGAUCGAGUAUUACAGUACAAGUGUCAAUGUGGAGUUACAGCAGAGGUCUGUAGAGUACACAUCUGUCUUCACAAAGUUUGACCACAUGAGGUCAGCAUUAUUGGAACAGAUGCCUUUGAUUGAGAAAAGUCGAAGUAAAAACAUGUUAUCUAAUGAGGACGAGGGAAUGGGUAAUGAAAUGGAUCUCUUUAACUCCGAGAAACCAGGAGGUGGCGAUGUUGGUAUAAAACUUCUAGAUACUGCAAAACAGAGCACACAACAGAGCACACACCAGACAGAGGGUCAAAAUAUACUAGACCUUUUAGGGGACCUUGGCCCUUCACCGGUGAUACCUAUCAACCCAGGACCCUCCAAAUCAGCGGGAGCCAAUGACCUCCUGGACCUCUUAGGGGAUGUAGCAAAUGCUGCUUCCGGCAAUCCAGUAAACAAUAUGGUUCCUGCCCCCAAUCACAAUUUGAUGGACAGUUUAUUAGGUGCCACAACACCUAGUGCCCAGAUGAACGGUGGAACAACAGGGUUAGAAACUUUAACAGCGUUUAAUAAGAAUGGCCUGUUAAUUGAGUUUAUGUGUGAGCGAGAUGAAGCACAGGAUCACAUUAUCACAGUCAAUGUCAAAGCCACCAAUUCCACAGCCACCUCAAUGGCCGAUUUUGUCUUUCAGGCGGCUGUACCAAAAUCAUUCCAAUUACAAUUACUGUCCCCCUCUUCGAAUGUUAUUCCUCCCAUGAAUGAUGGUGCCGUUACACAAGUCAUCAAACUUAACAAUCCACAAAAGCAACCCAUUAGAAUGAGAAUUAAAGUUUCCUAUGUUCAAAAUGGCAAUGCCAUAGCAGACACAGGUGAAAUGAAUUCCUUUCCCAAACUUCUAUGGGAAUGAUGCCAGCUCGACAGUGUACCAGCUGCCAAAUAAACUACAGGAUUAUUGAUAAACAACAAAAGUGUGCAAAUUGGAAUUCACAAGAGAGGAAAUUCACUCUUGGACAUUCUCCGACUCCGGUCCACAGGAGGUAUCAAGUUGGCCUAACACUCACAGUUGGUCUAGGCAACAAUUUCUUCAGUCAUGUGACCUUCUUGCAGGCGGGCUCUGCCUUGGUCACAUUCCUUCACGGCCCGUUGUGGAUAUGAGACACAGAAGUCUUAUAAAACCUUCAGUGUUGCUAGUCAUUCCCAGGGAUCCGCGCAUAAACACGAUUUGCAAUGUUUUAUUGAAGACAACAAGAAUGUUGUUUACGGAGGAGAUAUGGCAGAGAAGGAGAUGUAUUUAGCAAUGUACCAAUUUUUGAUAUUUAUAAAUGUGCUAGGAGCCAUCUGUGGUGUAUUUUGGUCCUGUUCCAGAGAGAAAGGGUGUUGAAUGAAAGGCUGUGAGAAGUAUACAGUGAUCAGACCACGAGUAGGACCAUUUACCUCCAACAUACACAUGGGAUUCGUUUUAUUGUCAGUUAAUAUAAAAUGCAUUAUUUUUUCCAAAGAAAAAUACAGUAUUUAGUUAGAUGUUACAAGUCUUAAAGAAAAAUAAAUGUCUUCCUGAAGUCUUUCACCUGAAGAAAUGCUUUAUGUUCUUUGAUUGGUUGUACCUUUAUAGUAAAUGACGGAUACAAAAAAUAUGAUGGGAACAAUUUUUUACAUGGUAAUGUAAAGACGUACAAUUCUGGAUGAAUCCUGAUUUUAGAUAUAUAUAUUGAACUACUCUAUGUGUAUCAUUGUUAACCCUUUCACCCCUAGGUAACUUUAGUAGACUCUACCAUACAUUUAUAUGGACGAGUCCAUUAUGGUCUACAGUGGUGAAAGGGUUAAAUAAGAAAAUGUAACGGGUGAACCCUACAGCUGCUCACUGUCCUGGAUGUAUUGGGGAGCUACCUGUUCAGUAUUCGGGUCUGAUCGUGACGUACAAGAGAGGAAUAGUGAUGAAGACUAAUUAUUUUACCUAGUGCUAUAAAGUGAUACUUUCAUCUUUGAUCUUGCUUUGUCCAGUCCUGAUCACAGUGAAGAAUAGUUCUUUGUUUUGUUCACCAAAUGUAUCUCAUAUUAUAAUUGUAAACAUUUGGAUUGUGAGGCGACACUGAACACGAGAGUACAUAGGUAAUAUAAACAGUCGAGGGUUUCUUUCUCGGUACACAAAUGUAAUAUAUUUAUUGUGUGCGACAAAUAUGUAAAUGUAGUCAUUGUUACAUGUCUUACACCACACUGAUCAUGUAAUAUCAUUAUUUAAGUCCGUCAAAAUUUGUACUGGCUAUGGAUAGCUACUGGUAAUUUGAAUCAAGGGGGAAAAUGUAGUCGAACCAUUUAAUAACAGUUAUCACGAUCGGCAAAAAAAGAGUGCAGUUUCAGUAUUUUGAACAAUCAAUUCACCUGUUGAAAACAAUGCUCAAUAUCAAAUUUUCUGGUCAAAUGCAAAUCAUUGAAUCAUGAUCAUGAUUAUGUAUUUAACUUGAACAUAUGUAGGUCUAUUUAAUAGCACAAAAGCUGAUGCAAUGUACAUGCACAUACUGUGAACAUAGAUUGUGAUGCUCAUAUGUUUCCACAGAAAUUUUCUCCAAUGUGUAAAAUUAACUACUAAGGAGAGAGAACAAUUAUCACAUUUACAGUAUACAUGUCUGAAGCAAAACUAGCAAUAAAGCUAUUAAACUUAAAUUUUUAAAGAUCAGUUGGGUUAGACAGGAUAUCUGAUUGAGUUAAUAUUAUACAAAGUUCAACUGUAUUUGUUUCAGUAACAUUUGACACUUUGCUAUAAAAUACAAACAAAAAAUGUGCAAAAUGUGGAUUUAUGUUAAUUAACCUGUAAGUAAAUGGCAGGACAUGUACAAAUGGGUGAUUUAAGAGGUGACUGGUUACAGCUGGAAAUAAUGGGUUUCAAUUUCCAGAGGUCAUGUGUUUAGAGGUCAUGUGUUUAGAGGUCAUUAGAUAGACUUGGUACCUAGAACCAUGUGAACAUUUGGCUGUGUGGUGCUCACCUUGAUGCACAUUAAAUAUUUGUGUCCUUAGGACGUUAGAAGUUUGUUUUGUUUUACAUACCAUAUUAAAGGUUAAAAACCUAAAGAGGCUAAAUCUGAAAUAUCAAUGGCAAAAGAGUGUUUGUUACUGAAAAACUACUUGAAAUAUUGUGGAUCUUUGUCUGUAAAAGCUUGGGGUUUUCUAAAUGGUCAACACACACAGGAAACAUGAGUUUAGGUACAGUGAAUACAAAUUUUAAAUAAAAUGUUCAUGGACGUAUGAAUUUCUGCAUGAAAUCAAGUAUAUGAAGUGUUCCAAAGAGUACAUGUAUACAUCUAUAUGUAUUUAUUACGUUAGGGAACACAUAGAGUGGCAGGGUACAGUGUAUAGCCGUAGGAUGACUAAACUUUUCUUAGACCUUUGAAUGAAUUGCAUGUCUAUAAAAUAGUUGAAGAAUACCACGAUUGACUGAGCAGUAUAUGUUCAUCUCGAGAACGAGUUUAAUGAUUUACCGGUACUUUUCAGAACUAUUAAAUGUACGAAUACGAGAAUCACAAUUUCAAUGCUGAAUUUUAAUGCAAAAUUUUGGACGAAAUUAGCUAGUUAACAUUUUAUAGUGAAGAUAUCUACAUUCAUAGAGAUGUCCACAGUAGUACUAGUGUGUAAAGAAAUCUACAACAACUAAGAUCUGACCAGGUCAGGUAUCAAAGGUUAAAAUUCAACCGUCUUAUCCUAUUGUCAUCUAAACCUGUAGCACAAGUCAUAAAACUCGACAACUUCUAUGUACGUGAUAAUUUUGAUCUUCUGUCAUUUAUGAUUUCUAAUGAACAAUGUAUGAUUCUAUGCAUUUGUGUUGAUCAUGAUCAUCUGCAUAAUUGUGUUUUCAUUGUGAUGGACGAUUCAGGUUUGCAGAAUUUGCGGUAACUAUAUAAAUGCAUUGUCGUGAUAUGGUCAAAUAUGUGUUAAAUUUUGGUGUUAAAUAAAAUUUUAAACCAAGUCCAGCAAAACCCCAUUAUUUCUCCAACUUUUGUUCUGGUGAAGUUUUGGCAUUCUAAAGGGUUUUGCUAUACUUUAGGGGAAAUGUGAGGAAAAAGGAAAAGGUGACCUUAAAAUAUAGCAGUACAUAAGGCGUCAGACAAAACAGGCAUUAAGAAUUCACUGUGGUUUAUCAAAGACUUGUCUACACAAGCAAAAUUGAAAUUCAUAUUGCUGAAAAUUUGAGGCUAUCAAAUCCCAUGGGAAUUAAGUAAAUGGAAUUUUUGUUUAUGUAUAAAAGGCAGUUUACAAGACUUGAAGUGUAUGUUUGCAGAAUAAAGUUGUACGGUGAAUCUGAUGUAUGAUUAAAUGGUUAAGAUUGAUUAGGAACCCUUGACUAGGAUGCAUCAAUGCUGCGGAAAUAAGUCAUCCCUAUCGCUUUAUUAUUGAUGCUUAGUUGGUCAACAACCAAUGCAUACCUAGGACCAUUACAUGAUGUUGAUGUAUGUAAGACAGAAGUGCUAAGUGUACUGAAGGAGCGUGUAACAAUGUUGUCAGGGCUAGUUUUUGUCCAUGUUUAAUUGAGUAUGAAUUAACAUAAAGGCUUUCAAUAUUUUGCUCAUUCAUUUGAAAAUUCAAAUAGUGCAUAUGCAUGAAACAAAAAUCUUUAAGUGUGUCCUUGUGAUGCAUAAUUUGAAAGUGUUAAACAGUAUGAAACUAGGGGAGAAUUAUCUCUGCGUCCUGCUUCUGUAUGUAGAUAACUCUUGAAGUAGACAGUAGUAAUAAUGAAAGUUCAACACAAUAAUGGGAUUGUAAUAUAUAAUCAAUUAAACUCCUUGAGGUUAUAAUUAUAGAUUUGUUUGGGUUAAAAUGGAUUAGACAUGUUACCAGUGACUACAGAGACUGUUCCAGGUUAAAUAUAUAAGCAGUCUUCUAGGGAUGUGGGUAUAUUAUUGACAGUGCAGGUUGUGUGGCUUCCAUGGCUUCACCAGUACGUCAGCUACACCAGUAUGUCGGCUACACCAGUACGUGAAGUACUCGUGGCUUCACCAGUACGUCGGUUACUCGUGGCUUCACCAGUACGUCAGCUACUCGUGGCUUCACCAGUUCGUCGGCUACUCGUGGCUUCACCAGUACGUCGGCUACUCGUGGCUUCACCAGUACGUCUGUUACUCGUGGCUUCACCAGUACGUGGCUACUCGUGGCUUCACCAGUACGUCGGUUACUCGUGGCUUCACCAGUACGUUGGCUACUCGUCGCUUCACCAGUACGUCGGUUACUCAUGGCUUCACCAGUACGUCGGUUACUCGUGGCUUCACCAGUACGUCAGCUACUCGUGGCUUCACCAGUUCGUCGGCUACUCUUGGCUUCACCAGUACGUCGGUUACUCGUGGCUUCACCAGUACGUCGGCUACUCGUGGCUUCACCAGUACGUCAGCUACUUGAUAAAUAACAUGAUUCCUAUGUACAAUUAAAAGUCCAUGGUUCUUUUUUAGGAUUUAAUGAUGCAUCAUGACAAAUUUAUUUGAAUUAAACACACGCUUUUGUAUUUUUCAUCAAGAUACAGCUUAUGAAUUAUAGUGAUUGUUUGGUGGUGCUAAAUUCUUGCUGUGUCUGGAUGAAUCAUGAUGAUUAAGCAAUUUCCAAUUUAGAAUUGAAAAGAACUGUUAACGUUUUAAAAAAAAAAGAAAAAAUGGAAAGGUGCAGUGAACAUUUAUAUUUCAGAGAUACAAGAGUUCUAGAUGUUUUAUACAUGUAUAUUGGUACCCUUCUUGUAUGUUUUCAAAAAUAAAUAUUUAAAAAAAAAUAUGUUAACUUGUAAACACAACAAGCUUCAGAACUAAAAUGUUCACACACCAGGCCUACUUGAAUAUAGGUAAAAUCUAUGUAUAUCUACUCAACUGUAAACAAAUCCAUUCUAUUUAUCAUUACAUGUCUUGUAUCUCACAUUGUUAUUGAUUUCAUCUUUUUUGUUACAUUCAUCUCGGCUGUAAUUGAUUAAACAGAACAAAGCAGUCCAAGGUGUUGUUGUUAUACUUAACCAAUGAUGUAGCUCAACAGUACCGAUACAGCUCUGACUUAAUGCUGCACCAAUGAUGUAGCUCAACAGUACUGAUACAGCUCUGACUUAAUGCUGCACCACUGAUGUAGCUCAACAGUACUGAUACAGCUCUGACUUAAUGCUGCACCACUGAUGUAGCUCAACAGUACUGAUACAGCUCUGACUUAAUGCUGCACCACUGAUGUAGCUCAACAGUACUGAUACAGCUCUGACUUAAUGCUGCACCACUGAUGUAGCUCAACAGUACUGAUACAGCUCUGACUUAAUGCUGCACCACUGAUGUAGCUCAACAGUACUGAUACAGCUCUGACUUAAUGCUGCACCACUGAUGUAGCUCAACAGUACUGAUACAGCUCUGACUUAAUGCUGCACCACUGAUGUAGCUCAACAGUACUGAUACAGCUCUGACUUAAUGCUGCACCACUGAUGUAGCUCAACAGUACUGAUACAGCUCUGACUUAAUGCUGCACCACUGAUGUAGCUCAACAGUACUGAUACAGCUCUGACUUAAUGCUGCACCACUGAUGUAGCUCAACAGUACUGAUACAGCUCUGACUUAAUGCUGCACCACUGAUGUAGCUCAACAGUACUGAUACAGCUCUGACUUAAUGCUGCACCACUGAUGUAGCUCAACAGUACUGAUACAGCUCUGACUUAAUGCUGCACCACUGAUGUAGCUCAACAGUACUGAUACAGCUCUGACUUAAUGCUGCACCACUGAUGUAGCUCAACAGUACUGAUACAGCUCUGACUUAAUGCUGCACCACUGAUGUAGCUCAACAGUACUGAUACAGCUCUGACUUAAUGCUGCACCACUGAUGUAGCUCAACAGUACUGAUACAGCUCUGACUUAAUGCUGCACCACUGAUGUAGCUCAACAGUACUGAUACAGCUCUGACUUAAUGCUGCACCACUGAUGUAGCUCAACAGUACUGAUACAGCUCUGACUUAAUGCUGCACCACUGAUGUAGCUCAACAGUACUGAUACAGCUCUGACUUAAUGCUGCACCACUGAUGUAGCUCAACAGUACUGAUACAGCUCUGACUUAAUGCUGCACCACUGAUGUAGCUCAACAGUACUGAUACAGCUCUGACUUAAUGCUGCACCACUGAUGUAGCUCAACAGUACUGAUACAGCUCUGACUUAAUGCUGCACCACUGAUGUAGCUCAACAGUACUGAUACAGCUCUGACUUAAUGCUGCACCACUGAUGUAGCUCAACAGUACUGAUACAGCUCUGACUUAAUGCUGCACCACUGAUGUAGCUCAACAGUACUGAUACAGCUCUGACUUAAUGCUGCACCACUGAUGUAGCUCAACAGUACUGAUACAGCUCUGACUUAAUGCUGCACCACUGAUGUAGCUCAACAGUACUGAUACAGCUCUGACUUAAUGCUGCACCACUGAUGUAGCUCAACAGUACUGAUACAGCUCUGACUUAAUGCUGCACCACUGAUGUAGCUCAACAGUACUGAUACAGCUCUGACUUAAUGCUGCACCACUGAUGUAGCUCAACAGUACUGAUACAGCUCUGACUUAAUGCUGCACCACUGAUGUAGCUCAACAGUACUGAUACAGCUCUGACUUAAUGCUGCACCACUGAUGUAGCUCAACAGUACUGAUACAGCUCUGACUUAAUGCUGCACCACUGAUGUAGCUCAACAGUACUGAUACAGCUCUGACUUAAUGCUGCACCACUGAUGUAGCUCAACAGUACUGAUACAGCUCUGACUUAAUGCUGCACCACUGAUGUAGCUCAACAGUACUGAUACAGCUCUGACUUAAUGCUGCACCACUGAUGUAGCUCAACAGUACUGAUACAGCUCUGACUUAAUGCUGCACCACUGAUGUAGCUCAACAGUACUGAUACAGCUCUGACUUAAUGCUGCACCACUGAUGUAGCUCAACAGUACUGAUACAGCUCUGACUUAAUGCUGCACCACUGAUGUAGCUCAACAGUACUGAUACAGCUCUGACUUAAUGCUGCACCACUGAUGUAGCUCAACAGUACUGAUACAGCUCUGACUUAAUGCUGCACCACUGAUGUAGCUCAACAGUACUGAUACAGCUCUGACUUAAUGCUGCACCACUGAUGUAGCUCAACAGUACUGAUACAGCUCUGACUUAAUGCUGCACCACUGAUGUAGCUCAACA